AUGUCUCCCGCCGCAGUCUCCCCGCCUCCUUCCACCACAACUUCAACCUUAAACUCUCCACCACCAACACACCCCGACAGACUCCACGUCAAUCGCAGCCCCAAGGCUUUCGGAAGCGGUGCUAUUUCCCUCGUCGACCUCCCAGCCGGCUCCCUCUUUGCCAAAAUCACAGGAGACACCCCCGGCACAAAAGCCUACACCAGCGUGCAAACUGGCCGUGAUACCCACAUCGAGCUGAACUCCGACCUGGUCUAUUGCAAUCACUCCUGUGCCCCAUCGCUAGUCUUCGAUAUGUCGCGCAUGGAGGUCCGCGUCGUUGAUGACAAGCCUUUGAAGAAGGGCGAUGCUCUUACCUUCUUCUAUCCCAGUACUGAGUGGGAGAUGGAUCAGCCCUUCCAGUGUAUUUGUGGUGCGGGAGAAUGUCGGGGAUGGAUCUCUGGUGCGAAGACUAUGCAGCCGGAGGUUUUGGGUGAAUAUUGGUUGAAUCCACACAUUGCGGGGCUGUUGAAUGAGAAGAAGUAA